AUGCGCAUAACUGUUUUAAAGGAUAUAAAGCCGAUAACUGAUGCCUUCGUCCGUAUAGGCCUCAGCAUUGAGCUGGGUGGUUCCAAGGGCAUCUUUAGCCAUCCUGAACGUUAUGCCACUGUUAUGAUUGGCGUUAUAGUAUGGGCUGUAGCACUGUUCACCUAUACAAUGGAAUAUUUAGCAGAUGUGGACAAAAUAGUCGCCGCCAUGACAAUAAAUGUACAACUUUGUCUAACGACGAGCAAAAAUUUUAUUUUUCUAGCGCGACGCGAGCGUUUUUUGCGCUUAAACGAGGCUUUGGAACGUCUGGCAUUAACUGGCAACAACAUCGAGCGUGAGUUAUGGAAUACGUCGAAUCGUCGUGUACUGCCGAUCACAAUGGCUUACAGCAUCUCGUGCCAGAUGACAGUGAGCAUUUGUGUGCUAUUGCCUAUCUUGAAACUACUGUAUUAUUAUAUAUGGCAUAAUGAGGUGGUUUUGACGCUCCCACUGCCGGGCAUCUUUCCUUACGACUACACUGUACCUUUCUACUUCAUAUUGACCACUAUACUCUCGGUUUUACUCGUGUAUUUUUGCGUGUAUACCAUCUGUGCUGUAGAUGGUCUAUUCGGUUGGUUUGUCUACAACAUUUCGGCUCAUCUGCAAAUCAUGCGUCUUAAGUUGGAACAGCUUUUGCAAUUGCACGUAGACGAUCCGAACUUUCAACGUGAUCUCGUCGCUCUCGUCAAUUACCAUCGUCAAAUUAUCGAUUUGUCUUUGGAGCUUGAUGCUCUCUAUGCGCCAAUCAUAUUCUUGGAAGUAACCUCUUCGUCCUUACCGAUUUGCUUUCUUGCUUAUCAAUUGUCCUACCUAUCCGAUCCGGCCAGUGUACCCUUCAUGUGUCUGCUGAUGUCCUCCAUUGUCAUUCAAUUGAUGAUUUAUUGCUUUGGCGGUGAGAAGGUGCAAAAUGAGUGCGAUCAACUCUGUGAAAAUAUUUAUUUGUUAAUACCAUGGCAUAAGCUGCCACCGAAGCAUUGUCGUCUCUUACUUAAUCCAUUUAUACGCUCGCAACGCGUUUUAGUUUUGACCGGCUACUUCUUCACCGCCAAUCGUAGUCUGCUCGUAUGGAUAUUCAGAACCGCGGGCUCGUUCACUGCCAUGUUAUUCGCUCUAAAAGAAAAGGAGGUGUAA